AUGAGUAAUGAUAAUAUGAUUAGAGUAGCUGGGGAGGAUAUGGUAACAGCUGAGGAGAGGAAAGAUAUGUCGGAGGGUUUUGGUAAGACCGAUUGGAAUGAUGAUAAAAGGCUUCAUAUCCCUUUUAAGGAUUUCAUUAAUAAAGUAACUACUGGUAAAGUGUAUAUGACUACACAAGAUAUACCUUUAUCUGAGUAUGAUGGUGGUCCUAUAAAGAGGAUGGGUACACAUAUACAGAAACUUAUAGAUAACAAACUGAUACCUAAGAAUCCAAGUAUAUUAGAGGAUACUGGUCUAACACAAUAUCAGGUUAAUAUGUGGUUUGGUGAUGCUAAAGAUGGUAGGAAGAUAUUCCGUAUAUACAGUCCAGAUGCUAUUACACAAGGAUUAAAUACGAAUGGUGUACGGCAUAGACUAUUACGUGGAAGUAGGAAUAAUGGGGAGGAGGAGGAGGAGGAGGAGGAGGCACAGCUUGAUAAGCUACUCGAUAUUGCUAUUGCUGAGGGGAAUUUCGAUGAUGAUGAUGAUGAGGAGGAAGAGGAGGAAGAGGGACCAGAGGGUAAGAAAAGGAAGGUGGUGAUGGAGGAGGAGCUCAAGACUCAAGGACCAUCCCACUUCUGUAAUACUACUAUCAUCACUAUCGAUCAUACUGGUGAUAUUAUGUAUUGCAUACAAGGUAUCCAUAAUACUAUUAGUAAUAGUAGUAGUGAAAUCCAUGGAGAAUACGUUGAAGUAGAGUUACUACCGGGAGAUAUGCUAUACCUACCAGCUAGUUACUUUCAUGAGGUUAUAUCAUACUCCUCUACACAAGGAGAAGAAAAAGAAGGUGGUGGACAUCUUGCAGUUAACUAUUGGUAUCAUCCCCCAGUUUAUGGAGGUACUUAUGAUAAACCAUAUGUUGAUAAUUACUGGUCUGAUAGAUGGGAUACUAUCCUAUUAGCUUAA